GAUGGAGGAAUCUUGGGGAGACAGGAGGGGCAAGGCCUUGGACCCUCUCGGCGGGCGGGGCCCUUGGUCAGGGGUAUAGCUGGGGAGUGGGGAGGCUGCCCAUAGACAAGGCUGGGCUGAGACUGGCCAAGGGGACAGCGAUGAUCUGUCUUUGCAAACGUCCAUGCAGCUGCCUGGGGAAAGACUUGUGGGUGGGGUCUAUUGCAAGUAGUACUUGUCCCCUUCUCCUGGGUGAGUGGCGUUCCACCCCAGCCUGAGGGUAGGGGGAGACAGAGGGGGUGCCUCUGGGACCCCACUCUGCCGAUAGGUCCACUGAGCUUGUGGUUAGCAGAGAGAUCUGGAAGUGUGGAGAAGAUCUGCAUGGAGGACCAGGGGAAGGGCCAGCAAGCUUCCCUGUUGGGGGUGGGGGAAUGCAGGGGAGUGGCCAGCUCCUUCCCUCCCAGCAGGCCCCAGCGCUCUACAGAGCAGGAGCCUAGGGUUUUGGGGAGGCGUGAGGGUGGUGGCCGCAGACAGUGCCCCAGAAGCAGUGGUCCUUUGGGUAUUGAUGGUGCUGUGAUGGUGGCCAGGAGGGUGGUGGUCUUGUGUGUGUGUGUGUUUGUGUGUUUUGAGGGGAACUUAGCUGGUGAGCAACUACUAUGUUGAAAAGAGAUUUUGACAGUGAGGAAACUUAAGGCCUAGUCUUGGUUCACCUUGCUGUGUGGCCCUGGGCAAGUAAGUGGGCCUCACUGAGCCUCAGUUUCCCCAUCUAUAAAAUGGGGUUCAAUAAGCCUGCCCCUUCCUCAGGGCUGUUGUGAGGACAGUGGGAAACAAUUUAAGAGGAACACAGUGCCCUGGGAAAGAGGAUCCUUAGGAGAACCAGUGUGAACGGGAUGGAACUGAACUUGGGGGUGUUUGUUGAGCUUUGAGUGUUCCUCAGCCUUGGGCCAGGCUUUGCUGGGGCGAUGCCAGAUGCCAAGAGGAAUCAAGCUGAGACCCGCCCUUUGGGAGCUCACAGUGUGGUUCAGUGACUUGCAAACCUUUUACAGGCAUGCCUCAUUUUGAUAAACAAAGAGCUGCUGCCUUAAUGUUUAACUGAGGUUACUUUCAAGUUUACGGGGCUUUUGUUUCUUUUUUGAAGCUUUGCAAAAAUAUCUUUAAACCACUGUUGACCCGCCCUUCCCUCCAGAUUGGGGAUGCACCUCCCUACCCCCCUUCUUGAGAAUCUGGUUGGAGAGAUAAGACGCAUCCAGGUUCAGUAUAACUUACAAUACUAGGAGUCCCUGAAUAUUACUCAUCAGCAUUUAUUCAAUGCCUUGUAUGGCAGGCACAGUGUUUGAUGCGGGGCACAAAAGGAAGCAGCUCUUGGGCUUCCCUGGUGGCGCAGUGGUUGAGAGACCGCCUGCCGAUGCAGGGCACACGGGUUCGUGCCCCGGUCCGGGAAGAUCCCACAUGCCGCGGAGCGGCUGGGCCCGUGAGCCAUGGCCGCUGAGCCUGCGCAUCCGGAGCCUGCGCGUCCAGAGCCUGUGCCACGACAGUGAGAGGGGCCGGUGAUUGCAGCCGGAAGCGCCCAUGACCGAACUGGCGUCCUCCGGGGACAGGUCCCCUGUGGGGGACGGGGAGGAAGGCCUGGGGGACGAUCGAGGCCUGGUCAUCCACCACCCUGCGGAGGAGCAGCCGCACCGCUGCCCACUGUGCGGCCAGACCUUCUCGCAGCAGCCCAGCCUGGUGCGGCACCAGAAGGCGCAUGCCGGAGUGGGCCGCGUGGCCGCCUUCGUGUGCCCCGAGUGCGGCAAGGCCUUCAGCGUCAAGCACAACCUCGAGGUGCAUCAGCGCACCCACACGGGCGAGCGGCCCUUCCCCUGCCCCGAGUGCGGGCGCUGCUUCAGCCUCAAGCAGAACCUGCUCACGCACCAGCGUAUCCACAGCGGCGAGAAGCCGCACCAGUGCACGCAGUGCGGCCGCUGCUUCCGCGAGCCGCGCUUCCUGCUCAACCACCAGCGCACCCACGCGCGCAUGCCCGCGCCGCACCCGCGCCGCCCCGGCGUCUUCGGGGAGCGGAGGCCCUACUUCUGCGCCCGCUGCGGCAAGAGCUUCGCACGCGAAGGCUCGCUCAAGACCCACCAGCGCAGCCACGGCCACGGGCCCGAGGGCCAGGCGGCCCAUUUAGGCCGCGUGCUCUGAUGCGCGCUGGACCUGCUGCCUCCGGCUGUUUUCUGCCCCAGAGCCGCAUCCGUGACCUCUGGAGAUGGCGCUGGGCUUCGGCCCCCUCUCUGGCUGGGAUCCCGGGAGACUGGGAGGGCUGGCUUGGGGUCUCAAAGGAGUGGGCCGCCUCCUUCCGCUCCUUCCCCAGGACCCUCUGGCUGGCUGCACACGGCUGCUUUGGACCCCUGCGUUGGUUUUCCUCCGCAGGCCCACCCGGCUUAGAGCAGAUGAGGACUUUACAGGACCUCUGGGCUGUGUGCAAGGCACGUCUGACACAGUGACUAGGAAUGGGGCCCUGGGCCUGUGCCCCGGCAUGAGGACACGUCCCCUAAGAAGACCUACCUCGGGAGCUGACAGCAGAGGGACACACGGAGCCUGGAAUUGGAGGCAGGUUCUGCGCCCUGGUGGAGAAACUCCCUGGACCUGCUGGGAGUCACAGCCGCAGAAGAGCUCGUGCUGACUGCCUGGCUGUGAGCCUCCGCUCUCCCGUGGCAGCAGGGACGGUGCCUGUGUGGGACGCCUGCUUCUCUGCUCCCGCCUGGCCCACCAGAGACGGGAGGUGAACUGCCUAGGAGAACACAGCAAGUUGGUAGCAGACUCGGCUCCAGAGACAAGACCUUCCCCCGGGUGUGCACAUACCUGCAGGCUUCACUCUCCUUUCAGAGCAACGUUCUUAACACUUUUGGGGUCGUGAAGCCCUCUGACAAGAUGGCAAAGGUUAUGAACCUUCUCCCCAGGAAGACACAGAUAGUCACGUAGAUGCAAGAAUCUACGAGCAAUCCCAGGAGCUCCUGGACUCCAGGCCGAGAUCCUCGGCCCCGGGACUAACCCGCCACUCCUUCCUUACCUGACACAGAGCCCCAGGUCAGGGCCUCCAUUCGAGUAGCAUUUCAUCCCCUGCCCUCCCCAACCCCUGCCCUUC